AUGUCUAACUUAAUCGUAAAAAUUGAAAAUUUUUUGAUGAAAGAAACCUUCGAUGCUAUGUGUGGUGCGACAGUGGUUUAUUUGACAAUGGAAGACAGCACCGUGCCUCCAUAUAAUAUUGUUAGAGACUUGGCAGAUCGCGCGGUUAAUUCUGCAUUGACUAAAAUAGAAAAUCCCAAACGAAGAAUGAAAGUGUUAGAAAUUUUACCACAGGAUAGGGAAUCAACACCUGAUCAUGCGGGGGAGGAAAUAGAAGAGAAUCUUAAUCUGUUGAAGGAAAAGCUUAAUCAUCCUAUGAUAGAUACAGACGUGUCGUUAUAUGACGCUCUCAAGAAAAGGGUUAAUGAUAUAGAUCCUUCGGAUCUUUCGUGGGAAGAUCCAGAAGCGAGCAUGGUACUUAGUGAUAAUUCGAAUAUAGUGGAAAGCUUGGGGCCGAGACAGAAGCGUGUCUUUUUGGAACCGCGUGAAAAUAUGAGAUGUGCUCUUCCCGUUUCAGUUGCGUCCAAGUGUAAUGAGUUCGUGGAGAAUUUCAACAAAUCGGAUGAUUCAAGAGAGAUGGGGAAUGUUUUUCAUAAUAAAAGAUGGAAGGAAAGCGAAACCGAUCUAGUAAAAAUAUCAGAGCGUAUUUUAGGUGUUCUCAGUGAGAUAUGGAAUAAUCCGGCAUUUGCAACAAUAGUACCUUUACUUCGAGCUGCUCUAGGGGGUCUGCCAAAUGGUCGUAUUUGUUUAAGUACUGCAGAACGCCAGAGUUUGGCAAGUAAGGCGCGCAGAAACAUUGGAACAAGUAAAGAGCGAAUGGGAAAGAAGCCUGAUGUUAUGGUAUUAGAGGAGUACGAAAAGAAAAUAAUUGAGAUUUUAUAUGUUGAGUGUUCACGUAUCGUCUGCGAUGCCACGAAAAAAGCAGAUGAUGAUACAAAGCUUUGGAGAGAAACAUUAGAUGGUGUAAGCUUUGUAAGCGCGGUAUGUAGACCAACUAGUAAUCAGUUCGGUAUUGUUGGGAUUCAGGUAGGUGGUGAGAGCAUAUACUUGAAUGUUUUGGUAAAAGAUGCAGGUGGAAUACCUAGGUAUUUCCAUCUUGAUCAUGCAGAAAUACCCCUGUCAUCAAACACAUCAUGGAGAGUAAAACCCCUUAUACGAUUACUGUUGACUUUGAGGAAUAUAUUAAUUGUAAACAAAAGUUUACUCAUGCAAGCAUUAGAGCAAGCUAGUAGUCAUCCACCCCGAAACGUUAAUCCAAGUCCAACUGUCUCUUCACCGCGUAGAGAAGAAGCGGAACAAAAAAGAUCCAGGAAGAAUAUAACUUCACAAUCACUUAUUUCACCGUCAAUUAAAAAUCACUCUGGUGAAGAUGAUAGCACUAACUCUGUAAAUCUAGAGCAGACACAAAGUGCUAUUUCUCCCGAAGUUAAUUCUAAUAAUAUUUCUGAACAGACAGAUGAUACAUCUGAAAAUGCACCAAAUUCUGAUUCAAAAACUCAUCAAAAUCCAGACUUAUCUUUAGAUAAUCAAAAUGCUUCCUCGACAGAAUUAGAAAAGCUGAUGCCACUUCUAUUACUAUGUAAUGCAAAUAGUGUGACCAAUGGUCACGAUCGAGAAGAGAUUAUACCAUCACUAUUACCAUCUGAUGCAAAAACUGUGACUAAUGAUCACGAUCAAAAUAAUGUUUAUAUAAACUCUGUUAAUAUCUCUGAAUGUCAUUUCUUCCAAAAAUGA